GGAUGUUUUUUUUAACUUCCGCCCAGAGACCGGAAAUGACAUCCCUGACUCACUCACCGUGUUUACUGUUGAAUGCUAACCACUGUGAGGAAAAGGAAAAUGAAUGUUUGAUGUAAUUAAUACAAGUAGAGCAGUAAAAUAAUCGCAGAUGGCGGACUCUGCGGUGAUGGCGGGAGGACCGCUGAACGCAGGCGGGCGCGGCUGUAAAGCAGCCUCCGGCCCCGCAGACAACUACCAGCUGGCCCGCCGCCGCACCCUGCAGGUGGUGGCCAGCGCCCUGCUCACUGAGAGCGGCUUCGACAGCGCGGAGAAGGCCGCUGUGGAGACCCUGACCGAGAUGCUGCAGAGCUGUGGACACACUGCCGGUGUACGCCAAACGCUCACAGAGGAUGGUCAUCACUGCUCCUCCGGUGACAAACGCCCCGGCUCCACCCAAGUCCCUGUCAGCGGGGCAGAAACGGAUCCACCCUCCCCACAUUCCCAGUCACUUCCCUGAGUUCCCAGACCCUCACACCUACAUCAAAACCCCUACGUUCAGAGAGCCGGUGUCAGAUUACCAGGUGGUCAGAGAGAAAGCAGCCACCCAGAGGAGAGACGUGGAGCGGGCUCUCACUCGCUUCAUGGCCAAGACCGGAGAGACUCAAAGUCUCUUCAAAGACGACGUCACCGAUUUCCCAU